GGUGGAAUUCCCAGAGGACCCUGCCGUGUGAAGCCGCUGCACCUCAGUGAUCUGGAAGGGAAAGGGAACGGGAGGACAGACUGGGAUCUGAUCAGAGUGCCAAGCAAGACCAGAGCUGCUACAGUGCCCAAAAGCACCAUGAGCUGGAUAUCCAGGGUGGCGCUGAUUCUGCUGUUUUCUGGAGAGACCAGGGGCCACAGCACCUUGUUUACAGGAUAUGAUCUUUCUUUAACUGGCUAUCAUCUGUGCCCCCAAACCGUGACAAAGACUGUAUCCAAGGUGGUGGCCCAUCAGACCACCCACACCGAGAGGUCGUCCUGCGGGGGCUGGCUACCUUGGAAGAACUGUCUGAAGACUCACUAUAAAACAGCAUACCGCAUCGUGGAGACCAAGAUCAUCAAGCACAGCCCUGGCUGCUGCGAUGGGUACGAGCAGGUCGGCAGCUACUGCGCUCUGCCUUUAAACAGAGCAGAGGAGUUCACCUCUAAACCAGGCACCUGCCCUGAACACAAAAUAGCAGUGAACAACCAGAGCUGUGAAUGGGACAUACACUGUCCGGGGCUGCAGAAAUGCUGCAGGGUCAAUGGGACGGCCCUGUGUGUGUCUCCAGUCUGCGCAGUUGCAGAGGGCCGUUGGUUUUACAACGCGACGGUUACAGUGAAGAUGGAUUUUGCAGAACUUAAUUCUCUGGACAAAGGGCUGCUGAAUCACAGCAGGCUUCUGCACUCUGUGAUCACUGGUGCGCUGGGUUCUCUGGACUCCUCAGUGUAUUAUAUUCAAUCCUACCGUGCGGGAAACUUCAAGACAGCUUCCCAGCUCCUCAUUAGAACGAGCAGCCGAGUCUCACAGGAAAACAUCUCUUCUGAACUGGAGCUCAUUGUGAGGAACAUUGAGGAGGUCUGCCACGUGGAGGUUCAAGGUGAGUGGGCAGUUUCAUCUUCUUUCAUCAGUACAAAUAGAAACAUCUCUUCUGAACUGGAGCUCAUUGUGAGGAACAUUGAGGAGGUCUGCCACGUGGAAGUUCAAGAUGUGGACGGAUGCUCGCUUUGCUUCAGCGCGGAGGGAUCCUAUGAUUGUGCGUGCGGUCCUGGAUUUAUUAAUACGACCCUUGACAGAAAUGGCAGAGGGUGCACAGCUGAUCUGAAUACAGGGACUGUGAGUUCAAACAGCAGCACACUGCAGGAGAAUACCACUGCUCCGUCUUCAUGGACACAAAGAAAUGCCACAGGACUUCCAGAUUUCACCGCGGUGACAGAAAGCAGCACCACGGACGAGGCUCGGAACAGCAACGCCACGCAUCCGCCUCCCACCAGAGCCGUGGAACCGUUCAGCAACACGACAGCGGUGCCACCGGCCACUUCAACCAUCCCGACCCAGAGGCAAAGCAGCGUGGCAGCUGAUCUUACUGCCACUGCUGCCACUUCACAGCUGAACAGCACAGUCUACACUCACAGCAUUGCAGAGGAGGGGAUCACAAGCGCACAGCAACCCGUUAGCUGCGCACUAGGUGGCGCUCUUUGCAGUGCGUUAUCAACCAUCAGCACCACCCCUGGAGACUGGAUGCUAAAUUCUACAGCUACUCCCAACCCCACAGUUGCAACCAGCCCCCACCUGAUGCAAUCCACAGCCACUGGUUUUGACUCUACGAAUUCCACAUUUUUAAAUGUUACUAAAGUUUCCACGGAUUCCCCUCAUACGAACCCAUCCUGGACAACGACUGCUCUCCCAGCCACGACCAGCAGCCCAGAUCUCUCCAUGUGGUCCUCUGCCAUUCCUCUCCCGCUGGCAACGACUGCUGCUUGCUAUCCUUCUCCAGUGAAAAACCUGGUGGUUGUCAACGUCACCAGUUUGGGUUUCUAUGUCAGCUGGUCGGUGGAUGAUUCCCCCUUUAAUCCCAGCUUCGAGGUGAAGUUGCUGCAGGGCGCAGUGCAGCUGGAAUCAGCUGAGACCAGGGAGCCGGGCUGGGCAGUGGCAGGGCUGGAGGCGGGGCAGCUGUACACUGUGUGGGUUACAGUCAAACUCUGUGGAAGCGAAAGUGUGGCCAAACAGGAGGUCAGAACCGCUGCUGAAGUGCUGGAAGGAACAGCAAGGAUAACAAACCUGCAGUUUAAUGAGGCCUUGAGCAACAGCAGCAGUGAGGAGUACCUGAAUCUUACACAGGAGUUCCAGAUGGAGAUCCGGAAAUCCUUGCCCGAGGACACCCUCGCCCUGCUGAGCUCUGGAGAGGUGAGGCUUGUGAUCACCAGUGUGAGCAGCGGCAGUGUGAAGGUGCACUUCCUGCUCGUGUUCACUGCAGCCCUGCAUGACAGGAUCGAGUCCUUGUCCUCGGCUCUGCUCACAUCGCUGCAGAACAGCUCCAGUUACAUUGUCGACAGCAGCAGCACAAGCAUAGUGGAUUUUGAUGAGUGCUCCGCUGGGGAGGAUGACUGCUCUCCUCACGCCUCCUGUGUCAACACAUGGGGAUCGUACAAUUGCUGCUGCAGAGACACCUUCAGAGACAUAAACCCAUCGCGACCGGGGCGGAGCUGCCACGAUAUAGAUGAAUGUGAAAGUGGCAACACCACCUGCCACAUGAACGCAGCAUGCCAGAACACGAUUGGAGGAUACAGCUGCUCAUGUCACAAUGGGUUCAGUGACACAGACCCCAGGAACCCAGGCAGGCACUGUGCAGACAUAAACGAAUGUGCAUCUGAUAACAACACCUGCCAUCCAAACUCAACGUGUCACAACUUCCCAGGAGGGUACAGCUGCGCAUGUAACAGUGGAUUCAGUGACACUGACCCCGGUUACCCAGGCAGACAGUGUGCAGUAUUGAUGUCAGGGAGUACCCCAGCCCCCAGCCCCUCACUCUCCGAGACACCUGCAUUGAGAGAGACCCAGGAUACCCAGGGAAGCACUACAGUGAUGCCUCUGUCUGAGACGCCUGCAUUGAGAGAGACCCAGGACACCCAGGGAAGCACUACAGUGAUCCCUCUGUCUGAGACGCCUGCAUUGAGAGAGACCCAGGACACCCAGGGAAGCACUACAGUGAUCCCUCUGUCUGAGACGCCUGCAUUGAGAGAGACCCAGGACACCCAGGGAAGCACUACAGUGAUCCCUCUAGCUGAAGCCAUCACAGUGUCUUGCAGGGCUCCGCACAUCACAGUCAGUGUGAAGAAAGCUUUUCUGUCCUGGAAGUCCAUUGCAGAGUCCUCCCUGUACCUUGGCACAGCGGAGUGCAACGCCAGCAGCAGCAAUGAGACACAUGUCUGGCUCAGUGCAGUGUGGGGGAAAUGUGCCACACAGUUAUUACAUAACACCAGUCACAUGACAGUGCAGACCACACUGUUCAACACUCAUGCCUCUAACAUAACGCUGCUUCCAGAGACUGUCAUUAAACUCCCAGUCAGAUGUACAUACAGCAACGAUUUCCUCAUUUCCACUGGGUACACCCCAUCAGAGAUUGAAAACCUCAAGGGGGUCAUUGAAGGAUCUGGGAGUUUUUUGGCUACCAUUCAGCUGCUCAACGGAACCGUACCCCUUCCGAAAAACUACUCCCUCUCUCCCAACGACGAUGUCUUGAUCGAAGUGGGAGUCAAUUUGGACAGCCUGCAGGUUAAAAUCAUCCUUCACGAGUGCUGGGCUACCCCAAGCAUCAGCUCUACUGAUCCAACAACCUACAUGUUUAUAAGUAACAGCUGUCCCGUCCCUAACACGUACACCACAGUGUUAGAGAACGGGAACUCCACCAGGGCCAGGGUCUCCCUGAGGGUCUUCUCCUUUGUGGAUCAGAGUGUUAUAUACCUGCACUGCCGUGUGAGAGUCUGCCUGGAGUCUGCUGGCACAUCCUGCAAGUCUAACUGUAACGUGCGUUCCUCUGGGUCUUCAGCACACAUUGAAAUAGGCCAGGCGAUGUGGGGGCCGAUCUAUAAGUCAUCUACUGAUACAACCCAGAACCCUUCUAGCCCCUAUAAUGAGACAGGCUUCAUUCUUCUGGGGGUGUUUCUGUGUGCCCUGCUGGCGGUAGUGCUCGCUGUCCUCACGUCCCUGCAUAGAAAACGAGUCGGGCACUACGACUUCAGCAUCAAGCCAAGACAAGAGAACUUCACCUACCAGGUUUUCGAUACCUAAGCGCCUCUUCAGUCGAGCAAGCCCCUGUGUGGUGGAUGUAAAUAUAGCUUGUGGCUCGACUGGAAAAUGUAGUGAUGUUUGUGAAAGUAUGUGAUUGAUAUCUGGUUCUGCAUUUUGUUUGUGAGCUGCAGUUCUUAAAGGGGGGGGUCCAGAGAAUUGUGAAUUGUGAAUGGAAGUGACUUUGCUUCCGUGUGCCUCUGUUUUAUCAUAUGUAGUACCGAUUCCUCCAGUUUAAAUGUUCUUGCAUGAUUGGGUCGUUGCUGGAUAUCUGGUAGCAUACUAGAUUAAAAGAAAAGCUGCCACUUUGCAUGCUAUACUUGCAGAUAGUCUGGUAUAUAUAUAUAUAUAUAU